GUUCUCCUACUCCACGUUGAACGUAAAGCUAAAACCAACCCACGAUGCCACCGGCAAACAACAAUAGCAACAACAACGAUGAUUCCCCGCCCAAGGCGGACUUUAGCGCCCCUCCGCCGUACGAGGCGACGGACAACCUCAAUCAUCAGUACGCUCAACCCCAGGAGAUGGCCGCCACGGUAAAGCUGCCGACGUACGAAGAAGUUCAGAUGGAAAAAAUGAUCAACCACGAGUUGCCGAUUCCGCCGGGUUCCACGGGACACAUGCUGCCACCGCCACCACCCAGCAUCACGGGCCUUCCCCUCGGCGGACGGGGCGGAGUUGGACCGAACGGAACCGGACCGGCCGUCACAUUCAUCGCCAUCGACGCAGACGGAGAAAACAUCAACGCCGACAACAGUCUGCUGGGAACGGACAUUGUCUUCGUGACGGCUUUCCUGGUAGCGUUCCUGUUCAACUGGAUCGGAUUCUUGAUGCUGACCUGCUUCUGUCACACCAUCGCGGCCCGUUACGGUGCGCUCAGCGGAUUCGGCCUCUCGCUGGCCAAGUGGACCCUGAUCGUGAAGCACUCGACCGAUUUCGCCUCGCACGAAAACUCGUGGCUUUGGUGGCUCAUCAUGGCCUUUGGAUUCCUCAUCUGCGUCCGGGCCCUCGUCCAAUACAUCAGCAUCAAGCGAACCUGGCGACUGCUGUCGACUUCGGCCCAGGAACGGUUGCUGUUCUUUUACUGAGUCUCGUGUGUCGCUUAAGCAAAAGCGAUCGGAUUUUAGGACCAUCUUUACCAAGCAGCUUACACAAUCAACACACACACACACACUCACGCAACAAGCAGCGUUUGGAUUGAGUUUUGUGAUACAACAACAAAUAACCCCGCUCAUCUCUGAUUUCCUUGCAGUUUUAGUUAGUUUAGAAAAGGAGGCAGAUGGAGAAAAAAAGGCAGUUAAAUAACUCACGUUUUACACACAAACUCACAAACAUUCCCUUUGGUCCCGUAUUUGCCACAAAAAACACACAUGUUGUUCACGUCCGCGUGGAAUAGUUUUGUGGUGAAAGCAUGCAAACAAAACAAAACAAAAAACUAAAACAAUAGAGACAAUGCCUGUCUCGCCAUGUCCGUUUUUAUUAGAAUAAAAAAAAGUACCAUAAAUAGUUGUGAAUCGCUGUACUUAGAGGAAGAAUCCAGUGACCCCAACAUUGUACGAAAAGAAACCCAUUUUGGGAACCAAAAGCAAAAACUUAAUGGACGCUCACACCGGCAAAAAUAUGUGCAAUCGUUGUGUUAGGAUUCGCGCAAUGUAUUUAUUCUCUUAUUGUUUCGUUCACUGUUAUAUUGCGUUUGGUGUCUUAAAAAAAAAUGUUUCGUUUAAUGAAGAUCUAAGCCCAGCGUGGCAGGGAUAUUUUAUUUUCUCUUUUGAGCAAAGUAGAACCACGCAAGAUGCGAGAACGUGCGAGGAAGAAAUACAACAACAAAAAAUACAAGAAUGAAACUAAUCAGAGAAAGGAACAUAAAAUUCAUUGCAGACAUAGAGCAUAUUUUUGUACUUGUAAAUAGGCUUUAGUGUGGAAUAAAAUACUAAAGAACAAUAUCUGCUAAAUAUCGUGAAAAACGUAAAAUUUAUCUGAAUAAACUGUAAAAAACACA